AAUAUCUGGGUGUGUAACGCUGAUAGUAGGCAACGAAUCGUUCAAUAAUCGCACUUGAGCUGAAGGACUUAUCUCAACAUCCUAUCGCCUCGAUGGGGGACCCUAGUAACAAGAGGGGCGGGGCUUCGUGUUCCAGAGGCAGGACCGCAGCUCAGCUCGCGCUGCUUCUAAAUCAACUCAAUCAUCUCUCGCGCACGAGAGCGCGGGCUGCCUUUCAGGUGUGCUAGUGGGUGCUCCCAUUCGAGCAGCAGUCACGAUGGUGGCCCUGUCGCUGAAGAUUUGUGUGCGACAGUGCAAUGUGGUCAAGACGAUGCAGUUUGAGCCCUCAACUCCAGUUUACGACGCCUGCAGGAUUAUCAGAGAGCGAGUUCCUGAGGCCCAAACUGGACAAGCAUCAGAUUACGGGCUCUUCCUGUCCGAUGAUGACCCCAGGAAAGGAAUCUGGUUGGAAUCAGGGCGCACCCUUGAUUACUACAUGCUGCGGAAUGGGGAUGUCCUGGAAUACAAGAAAAAACAGAGACCACAGAAGAUCAAAAUGCUGGAUGGAACCAUCAAAACCAUAAUGGUGGAUGACUCCAAAACAGUAGGGGAGCUGUUGGUCACCAUCUGCAGUAGGAUAGGAAUCACUAAUUAUGAGGAGUACUCACUGAUCCAAGAGCAGGUGGAGGAGAAGCGCGAAGAUGGGAUGGGAACGCUGAAGAAAGACAGAACCCUCCUGCGAGAUGAGAGGAAGAUGGAAAAGCUGAAAGCCAAACUUCACACAGAUGAUGAUUUAAACUGGCUGGACCACAGUCGGACAUUUCGGGAGCAGGGCGUAGAAGAGAGUGAGAUACUACUUCUACGAAGGAAGUUCUUCUAUUCUGACCAGAAUGUAGACUCUCGUGAUCCUGUCCAGCUCAACCUUCUCUACGUACAGGCCAGGGAUGACAUUCUGAACGGAUCCCACCCCGUGUCCUUUGAUAAGGCCUGCGAGUUUGCUGGAAUUCAGGCACAGAUCCAAUUCGGUCCCCACGUGGAGCACAAACACAAGCCAGGAUUUUUAGACCUGAAGGAGUUCCUACCAAAAGAAUACAUCAAACAGAGGGGGUCGGAGAAGAGAAUUUUUCAGGAUCACAAAAGCUGCGGUGAGAUGACAGAGAUCGAGGCAAAAGUAAAGUAUGUGAAGCUUGCCAGGUCCCUACGCACAUAUGGAGUGUCCUUUUUCCUGGUGAAGGAGAAGAUGAAAAGCAAGAAUAAGUUGGUCCCGCGUCUCCUGGGCAUUACCAAAGAGUCAGUGAUGAGGGUGGAUGAGAAGACCAAAGAGGUGGUGCAGGAGUGGCCCCUCACCACAGUCAAGAGGUGGGCGGCCUCACCCAAGAGCUUCACACUGGAUUUCGGUGAGUACCAGGAGAGCUAUUACUCUGUCCAGACCACAGAAGGGGAGCAGAUCUCUCAACUCAUCGCUGGAUACAUUGACAUCAUCCUUAAGAAAAAACAGAGUAAAGAUCGGUUUGGUUUGGACGGUGAUGAGGAAUCCACCAUGCUGGAAGAAUCCGUAUCCCCGAAAAAGUCCACCAUACUCCAGCAGCAGUUUAAUCGAGUGGGUCGAGUUGAGCACGGGUCAGUGGCGCUGCCUGGCAUCAUGCGCUCGGGGUCAAUCGGGGGCCCUGACACAUUCAACAUGGGCACCAUGCCCUCGGCUCAACAGCAGAUCACCAUGGGACAGAUGCACAGAGGACACAUGCCCCCUCUGAGUCUGGCCCAGCAAGCACUGAUGGGAACUAUCAACACCAGUAUGCAGGCUGUCCAGCAGGCACAAGCUGAUCUUGGAGAGGUAGACAAUCUUCCACCACUGGGACAAGACAUGGCAUCCAGAGUGUGGGUUCAAAACAAGGUGGAUGAAUCCAAACAUGAGAUUCACUCCCAAGUGGAUGCCAUCACGGCUGGAACCGCGUCAGUGGUCAACCUCACUGCCGGUGACCCUAUGGACACGGAUUACACCGCCGUGGGCUGCGCCAUCACCACCAUCUCCUCCAACCUGACCGAGAUGUCCAAAGGGGUGAAGCUCCUGGCGGCUCUGAUGGAGGACGAGGUGGGCAGCGGGCAGAAUCUAAUGGGAGCGGCCCGGACCCUCACUGGGGCCGUUUCUGACCUGCUCAGAGCCGUGGAACCAGCUUCUGGAGAGCCCAGACAGACGGUGUUGACGGCAGCGGGCAGCAUCGGCCAGGCCAGCGGAGAUCUUUUGAAACAAAUGGGAGAAGGAGAAACUGACGAGAGAUUCCAGGACAUUAUGAUGAACCUGGCUAAAGCCGUAGCUAAUGCCGCCGCCAUGCUGGUGCUGAAAGCCAAGAACGUGGCACAGGUGGCCGAGGACACGGCACUGCAGAACCGAGUCAUUACCGCCGCCACGCAGUGCGCACUCUCCACCUCACAGCUGGUGGCCUGUACAAAGGUGGUGAGCCCCACCAUCUCCUCCCCGGUGUGUCAGGAGCAGCUGGUGGAGGCGGGCCGUCUGGUGGAGCGAUCGGUGGAGGGCUGUGUGAAGGCAUGUCACGCCGCCUCAGAGGAGGGCGAGCUGCUACGACAGGUGAACAUGGCGGCUGGCGCGGUCAGCCAGGCCCUCAGUGACCUGCUGCAGCACGUGCGCCACUAUGCCAGCUGCGGCGAGCCAAUUGGACGCUACGACCAGGCUACCGACACCAUCAUGACCGUAACGGAGAGCAUUUUCACCUCAAUGGGGGACGCUGGUGAAAUGGUACGACAGGCACGGGUUCUGGCCCAGGCCACCUCGGACUUGGUGAAUGCGAUGCGCUCUGACGCCGAGGCUGAAAUCGAUGUGGAUAAUUCAAAGAAACUGCUCGCGGCUGCCAAGCUUUUGGCCGAUGCCACUGCCAGAAUGGUGGAAGCUGCGAAGGGUGCUGCUGCAUACCCAGAAAAUGAAGACCAGCAGCAGAGGCUGCGAGAGGCUGCUGAAGGGUUACGGGUCGCCACCAACGCAGCUGCUCAGAAUGCCAUCAAAAAGAAACUCAUUCACCGACUGGAGAAUGCAGCUAAACAGGCCGCAGCAGCAUCUACGCAAACCAUUGCCGCCGCCCAGAAUGCAGCUGCAUCCAAUAAGAACACCAUGUCACAUCAGCAGCUCGUGCUCAGCUGCAAGGCUGUGGCCGACCAUAUCCCACAACUAGUCCAGGGAAUGAGGGGCAGUCAGGCCCGCCCGGAAGAUCUUGGUGCCCAACUCGCCCUUAUCAUCGCCAGCCAGAGUUUCCUGCAGCCGGGAAGCAAAAUGGUGACGUCUGCUAAAGCGGCCGUUCCGACGGUAACCGACCAGGCAGCUGCAAUGCAACUUGGUCAGUGUGCCAAGAACCUGGCCACCUGCCUGGCAGAGCUGCGCACAGCUGCACAGAAGGCUCAUGAGGCGUGUGGUCCUCUGGAGAUCGACUCUGCUCUCAGCGCUGUUCAGACUCUCAAGAGUGAACUACAAGAUGCUAAAAUGGCCACACUGGAAGGACAACUCAAACCGCUACCAGGAGAAUCGUUGGAGAAGUGUGCUCAGGAUCUCGGAAGUACAUCUAAAGCUGUGGGCUCCUCCAUGGCCCAGUUAUUGACCUGUGCCGCCCAGGGCAACGAACAUUAUACUGGUGUGGCAGCAAGGGAAACCGCUCAAGCUCUGAGGACAUUGGCCCAGGCCGCGAGGGGAGUGGCAGCGAGUACCGUGGAGCCCCAAGCUGCAGCGGCCAUGUUGGACUCUGCCUGUCACGUGAUGGAGGGCUCGGCCAUGCUAAUCCACGAAGCCCACGAAGCCCUAGUGUGCCCUGGUGACGCAGAGAGCCAGCAGAGAUUAGCACAAGUGGCGAAGGCUGUCUCUCACUCUCUGAAUAACUGUGUGAACUGCUUACCUGGACAGAAGGAUGUGGACAUGGCUCUCAGGAGCAUUGGCGAGGCCAGUAAGAAAUUGCUGGUGGAAAAUCUUCCUCCAUGCUCCAAAUCCUUCCAAGAGGCCCAGACUGACCUGAACCACACGGCAGCGGAGCUCAAUCAUUCAGCCGGGGAUGUGGUGCAGUCUUCACGUGGGAGCAGCAGCCAGCUGGCUGUGGCUUCCGGGAAGUUCAGCCAAGACUUUGACGAGUUUUUAGAUGCUGGCAUCGAGAUGGCCGGACACACUCAGUCCAAAGAUGACCAGAUCCAGGUGAUUGGCAACCUGAAGAAUAUCUCUAUGGCAUCCAGCAAACUGCUGUUGGCCGCCAAGUCCCUCUCCGUUGAUCCAGGGGCGGCAAAUGCCAAGAACCUCCUCGCAGCUGCAGCACGAGCGGUCACAGAGAGCAUUAAUCAACUCAUCACACUGUGUACCCAGCAGGCACCAGGACAAAAAGAGUGUGAUAACGCUCUACGAGAACUCGAGGCUGUUCGAGGAAUGAUGGACAAUCCCAAUGAGCCGGUUAGCGAUCUCUCUUAUUUUGACUGCAUUGAGAGCGUUAUGGAGAAUUCCAAGGUUCUUGGGGAGUCCAUGGCUGGAAUCUCACAGCACUGUAAGACGGGAAACGUGCUAGCGUUCGGGGAUUGUGUGGGUGUGGCGUCCAAAGCGCUGUGUGGGUUGACUGAGGCGGCGGGACAGGCCUCUUAUUUGGUAGGCGUCUCAGACCCCAACAGCCAGUCAGGUCAUCAGGGAUUGGUCGAUCCCAUCCAGUUUGCAAGAGCCAAUCAGGCGAUUCAGAUGGCCUGCCAGAAUCUGGUAGACCCGGCCAGCAGCCCAUCCCAGGUUUUGUCAGCAGCUACCAUUGUUGCAAAGCACACCUCAGCUCUUUGCAACGCCUGCCGUCUAGCAUCUUCCAAAACAGCCAAUCCUGUAGCCCGGAGACAUUUCGUGCAGUCAGCCAAAGAGGUCGCCAAUACCACGGCUAACCUUGUCAAAACCAUAAAGGCCUUGGACGGGGAUUUCUCAGAUGAGAACCGCGAGAGGUGCCGAGUGGCCACGACCCCGCUGAUAGAAGCUGUGGAUAAUCUCUCCACCUUUGCCUCCAACCCUGAGUUUGCCAGCAUUCCUGCGCAGAUAAGCCAUGAGGGUUCAGCAUCCCAGGAGCCAAUCCUUCGCUCAGCUCGUUCAAUGCUGGACAGCUCCACCCACUUAUUAGAGACCGCCCGCUCUCUCAUCCUUAACCCCAAAGACCCGCCCACCUGGUCCAUCCUGGCAGGCCAUUCCCGCACCGUGUCGGACUCCAUCAAGAGCCUCAUCACGUCCAUCAGGGACAAGGCCCCUGGGCAGCGGGAGUGUGACCAGUCCAUCGACAGCAUCAACAAGAGCAUCAGGGACAUCGAGCAGGUGUCCCUCGCUGCCGUGGGUCAGAGUCUGCCCCGCAGAGAUGACAUCUCUCUGGAGGCUUUACAGGAGCAGCUCACGUCCGCCGUGCAGGAGAUCGGCCACCUCAUUGACCCCAUCUCCACUGCAGCGCGAGGGGAAGCAGCCCAGCUUGGACACAAGGUGACUCAGUUAGCGAGCUACUUCGAGCCAGUGAUUGUGGCGUCGGUUGGACUGGCGUCUAAACAUGCCGACCACCAGCAGCAGAUGAACAUACUGGAUCAAACCAAAACGCUGUUUGAAUCUGCUCUACAGAUGCUCUACGCUGCCAAAGAAGGCGGAGGAAACCCUAAGGCGACCCACACCCAUGAUGCCAUAGCUGAAGCGGCCCAGUUGAUGAAGGAGGCGGUUGAUGACAUCAUGGUGACCUUAAACGAAGCGGCCAGUGAGGGAGGGAUGGUGGGCGGCAUGGUGGAGUCCAUCGCUGAGUACAUUGGACGGAUGGAUGAAGGAACACCGCCGGAGCCUGACGGCACUUUUGUGGAUUACCAGACCACCAUGGUGAAGUUUUCAAAAGCCAUCGCCAUUACUGCACAGGAAAUGAUGACAAAGUCAGUGACAUGUCCGGAGGAGCUGGGUGGACUGGCGUCUCAGGUGACGGUGGAUUACAGCCAGCUGGCACAACAAGGCCGUCUGGCAGCUGCCACUGCUGAGCCAGAGGAGGUGGGAUCUCAGAUCAAGACUCGGGUGCAGGAGUUGGGUCAUGGCUGCAUCUAUCUGGUCCAAAAGGCCGGAGCCCUGCAGAUGAGCCCGACGGACAGUUUCACCAAGAGAGAGCUGAUCGAAUACGCCCGGGCUGUCACAGAGAAGGUGUCCAUGGUGUUAUCAGCCCUGCAGGCUGGUAAUAAAGGAACUCAGGCCUGCAUAACUGCAGCCAGUUCUGUCUCCGGCAUCAUUGCUGAUCUGGACACAACCAUCAUGUUCGCCUCUGCCGGCACACUUAACGCAGAGAACGAAGAGUCUUUCGCAGACCACAGAGAGAACAUAUUGAAAACUGCUAAAGCUUUAGUUGAGGACACCAAGCUGCUUGUGUCUGGUGCUGCAUCGAGCCAGGACAAACUAGCCCAGGCGGCCCAGUCCUCUGCCAAGACCAUCACACAGCUCACUGACGUGGUCAAACUGGGCGCUACGAGCAUGGGCUCAGAGGACCCCGAAACACAGGUUGUACUGAUAAAUGCAGUCAGAGACGUCGCUAAAGCUUUGGCUGAGCUGAUUAGUGCCACUAAAUGUGCUGCGGGCAAGGCAGCAGACGAUCCGUCCAUGUAUCAGCUGAAAAGUGCCGCCAAGGUGAUGGUGACGAACGUGACCUCUCUGCUGAAAACUGUGAAAGCGGUGGAAGAUGAGGCCACUCGCGGGACGAGGGCUCUUGAAGCAACUAUUGAGUGCAUCAAACAGGAACUCACUGUUUUCCAGUCCAAGGACGUUCCGGAGAAAUCUACCACCCCGGAAGAGUUCAUCCGCAUGACCAAGGGCAUCACCGUUGCGACGGCCAAAGCAGUGGCAGCAGGCAACUCUGCUCAGCAGGAGGACGUGAUAUCCACUGCCAACCUGAGCCGCAAAGCCAUCUCCGACAUGCUGACCACCUGCAAGCAAGCCGCGUACCACCCAGAAGUGGGCGAGGAUGUAAGGAAUAAAGCUCUGCUCUACGGCAUUGAGUGCACCACAGGAUACAUCGACUUGCUUGAACAUGUCCUGCUCGUCCUGCAGAAACCCACAGCCGAACAGAAACAGCAGUUGGCCGUGCUGUCCAAGAAAGUGGCGGGCUCAGUCACAGAGCUCAUCCAGACUGCUGAAGCCAUGAAGGGUUCAGAGUGGGUGGACCCAGAGGACCCCACAGUGAUAGCGGAGACAGAGCUCCUGGGUGCUGCUGCGUCCAUCGAGGCCGCGGCCAAGAAACUGGAGCAGCUGAAGCCCAGAGCCAAACCAAAGCAAGCCGAUGAGUCUCUGGACUUUGAGGAGCAGAUCCUGGAAGCAGCAAAGUCCAUCGCUGCAGCAACCAGCGCUCUGGUCAAAUCCGCAUCGGCCGCACAAAGAGAGCUUGUAGCACAGGGCAAGGUGGGCUCCAUCCCUGCCAAUGCAGUAGAUGACGGCCAGUGGUCCCAGGGUCUAAUAUCAGCUGCUCGAAUGGUUGCGGCCGCCACUAGUAACUUGUGCGAGGCUGCUAACGCUUCAGUCCAGGGUCACGCCAGCGAGGAGAAGCUCAUUUCCUCUGCCAAACAGGUGGCGGCUUCCACCGCUCAGCUGCUGGUGGCCUGUAAAGUCAAAGCGAACCAGGACUCAGAGGCUAUGAGGAGAUUACAGGCUGCUGGAAAUGCAGUUAAGAGAGCAUCUGACAACCUGGUGAAGGCAGCGCAGAAAGCAGCCUUUGAUAAAGCCGAAGACGACAGCGUCGUGGUUAAAACGAAAUUCGUAGGAGGAAUCGCUCAGAUCAUUGCAGCUCAGGAGGAGAUGCUAAGAAAAGAGAGGGAGUUAGAAGAAGCCCGGAAGAAACUCGCCCACAUCCGACAGCAGCAAUACAAGUUCCUGCCCAGUGAACUGCGAGAAGACCAGAGCUGAACACAUCUCGUCUGAUUGGACGCGAUAUCCGUCGGAUCAUGAUUGUUACGGAUGAUUGGCUGCUCCUUAUAUGCAGAGCUAGAGAUGUCACACGUCAUUGAUUGUGUAACUGUCAGGUGACUUGUUAAAGUUAAAUGUGAUUGGCUCACAUGAGACUAGCGCCACUGAUUAGCUGUAUGUUGGGUUAUGAAUGGAUUUCCUCUUACAUAGGGCUAAUAUUUUAUGUUCUUGUUUUUUUAAGGUGUAAAGCACUUGUUAGAGGUUUGUUUGAUCGUGUGUUUGCGUGAUUGUGUGUUUUACGUAUCAAUAGUAUGCCGCUCAUUGGCGAUAGCUUACCAUAAGGAUCUCGAUAACUAAACCUACACAAUGUCAGUGCAUCAAGUUUUAUAAUGAAACCAAUGUGAAACUAUUAAUAUCUGAACAACCUGGCAGCCAAAAACCAGACAAAUUUUACUUAUGAAGUAUGACGUCAGACCGUAAGCUUUCAUUAUUCGCACGAGUUCUGACUCACGUGACAAUAAGCUCCGAACGCUUCUAGAAUGCACUGCUCAAUUCAUACAUAUCCCACUCUAGAACUGUAUUAUGUUAGUAAGGCUAUGAAUUAUAGGUAGUUAUAAGGAAAGAAUGUACUGGUGCGCUUCGUCGUGUUAUUUAUUGUUAGCAGAACUUUAAUAGAGUAGCUUCCAGCUUCUCUUUGUGUUUGUAGGUCUAGUUGGGGGCUCAACUGAAUAAGGUUGAUUCAUGCAAAUAGAGUUUCAUUCAGUCCUCUUUUCAUACCUCAGCUGUGGCCCAGAUUGUUACAUUUCCCAUGAUUCCUCUGUGUGUCUAAACUUAGUCAGGGAGACCGGAAUGAGGUUUGCCCAAACACAACGGAUAUGUUCGGAAUAACACGCUAUCACACUACUCAUACUAUUUCUGCAGCAUACUUUACACAGUAUGCAGAUUUUCUGCAUUAGAAUAAUCAGAUGCAAUGCAAAUUGUCUUUUUUUUUUUUCAUUUCUGUUUUAUGAAUGAACAAAAUGUAAUACUAGCCUCAAUUCUAGCUGGCAUACUAACCAAAUACUAGCCUUUUUUAACACAAAAUUGGAUAAAAAUGCAAAAAAAACAAACAAAAAAAAAAACAUUAUGCAUAGGAACGUUAUAUCCCACAAUGCAUUAUGCUAUUAAGAAAAUUAUUACAUUAAGAAGUACUACCAGCUUCAAUUUUGGCUGAUUUAAAAUUUCCAUACUACAUAUGUAUAUUUUAUAUGCAUCAAAAUUUUCAAAACCUUUUCUAACAAAACAAAAAAGGGGAAAAAUUUCCAGAAGACAACUGGACAUAAUUAAAUGUGCAUAAUAAUAAUAAAUAAUAAUAAGGUCAUGUUUUAACAAUAUAACACACUACAGUACAUUACACAGUAUGCUAAUUUUCUGUAUUGAAAUAACCAGAUGACCUACUAUUUUUGACUAAAUAUGCAGUAUGGAGAAACAGUACUCUGUGUGGAACACUAUAUCCCACAAUGCAGUGCGCUCAAAUUCUUUUUUAAUUUCCAGUGUGAUGAAUAAACAAAAAAGUAAUACCAGCCACAGUUUUGGCUGAAUUCAAAAUACUGUAGCAUGCUACAUAUCUUUUAUUUGUGGCAAAAUGUUUUGAAAACGAAAAACCUUUUGAAAACGAUCUGAAUUAAAUGUGCAUAAAAAUGAGGUCAUGUGUCAACAAUUACUGUUUGCAUACUGCGCACUAUUUAACAUACUAUUUUUUAAAUAGUAGACAGUAAACAGUGCUAAACGCAAUGCUAGCAUUUCAUUCCGAACAUAUUCUGCGUCUAGAGCUGCUUAAGAAGAAAAAGUUUACGCAAAAUGCUCCGAACAAACUGCGUGGUGAGGUCAUGUGACGACAAUGUAGCAUACUUACCGUUUGAAAUGUUUAUCAGUAAAUCGUAAUAAUCCAGACUGUUUCACAUACUGUUUUUAAAACAAUAGUAAGAAUUAUACAGUAUAUACUGUGCAGUAUGCAGUACGCAGAGCGCUAGUAUUCCAUUCUGAACACAGCCAGAAUCUCAGUGUUGUACUUUCUAAUAUCACCCAUACGCUCGCAUUUCUGGUCUACUUUGCAGUAGAUCCACCGCAGAUCAACUUCCUGUUUGAGAUUGUACCUGCAUGUACAGCAGGAAGCGCCACAUCAGUAACUUUGUUGGAUUCAAUGGCGUCAGUGUAGUCUUACCUGCAGAUAACACGUCUCUUCUGCUUAUCGUGUGCUUCGUGUGUGUUUUUGGUUAGAAAAUCCCAGUGGAAUCUUUCACGAGGGUGAAAUUCCCGUUUCAUUUCCUGUUUGCGUUGUGUAGAAUAAUGUGUGGCACUUACAAGCUGAGAACUGACUGUUGUGACUUCAGAUCUGGACUGCAUUGUGUCAUAGUGCCUUAUUCUGACUUCUUCAGUAGCUCAGUGUGUGCAAGUUGCUCUUAAAUGCUGCUUGUGGGCCAGAUUUCACUGGAAUUUAAUGUUAAAGUGUUUUGGAUCAGCAACAGAGUUCUGUCUAACGAUACUGGGCAAGUAUAAACAUCGUCCGUCUUCAGAUGAGUGAAGCAGAUGUCUUUUGUCCUUUUCAAACUAGCUUUAGAUGUGUACAGCGUUGUUUCCAGUCUAAGCCGCGUAUGACGACUAAAUCUGACAUCCAUUGGGUGGCUGUUUGAUUCUGUUCUGCAAUAUUGUACCUACUGAGGCCUAAAGAUGCACUUGCCUUGGCAGGCCGCUAUACUGCCCUAUGAUGAACUAUUUAGACGUUUAGACGUAACAAACCACAAGUAGAAAAAGGAAGGAUGUGAUUGUUUCUGUCAGCACUGACUGCUUUCAGCUUGUCCACGUGAAGAAGAAUAUUAAAAUGUCCCAAAAAGAACAAGGUUAUCUUGCUUUUCAUUUCAAUAAACCACUAUGUAUGAAGUUUUUUUUUUUUUUGGUUUACUUCGAAUUAUAGCUAUAAUGAAGAUAUUGCAAUAUGUGGUUGAACAUGUGGUGUCUUUCAGUGGAGCCGAAGAAAACAGCAAGAACUAUCGCCUUCUUUUGACAUAGAGUUAGGGCUGUCUUUAAUCAACUGACAUAGUGACAUUAAUAAUAACAAUAAUGAUAAUAAUAAUGAACAUUAAAAUGCUGUAUGUAUAAUAUUUAUCUGGUCACGAAAGUAUUUUUUGUAUUGCCCUGAAAAUAAAGAGUUUC